UCAGUCGGGAGUGGAUUUACAGUUUUACACGCAGUGAACGGCUUCCAGAUAUACUAUUGCUAUAGUUUGGGCUAUCGUCGAGAUUCAAUGCCUGGAAAUGAAAAGGCCUUGAACAGCCGGGAAGAACUUUCUGGCUUUAUAUUCAUGUGUAAUCAUGUUACAAAGCCAGAAUGCUACCAAUUCCGAGUUUUUGGGCUCCCAGAAUGGAGAAAGGAAGUUGUAGAGAAAAUACAGCCUGGCACGUACCUUUUCCUGUUUGAUUAUGAUUUAAAGCUUCUCUAUGGCACAUAUACAGCAACCUCUAGUGGGAAGCUAGGGAUAGAAGAAUCAGCUUUUGGUGGAAAAUUCCCAGCCCAGGUGAAGUUUAAGAUUCAUCAGGACUGUUUACCCUUGCCAGAGGGCUGCUUUAAACACGCAAUUCAAGAUAAUUACCAGAAAGAUGGUCGCAAAUUUAGUCCUGAGCUCAAUCUUGGACAAGUAAGAAGUAUAUUAUCACUGUUUCGUCCGAUAUUGAUUAACAAGCAAAUUAUUAUGCCAACUUCGGCCCCGGCACUGUCCAUGCAAUACCAAACUUCAAAGAACCAGCUUCAGCCCCCUGUGCGGCCUGUUGCUGUGCAAAAUACUUAUUCUGCUGGGAAUAGUGGUAGUUUUGGUAAAUCGGUGGCAGAACCUCAGUAUACACGUCAGAAUAUGACGUACCAAUACCAUCAACCUGAAUGUCGCUCCUUGACUAGUAUGGGUACCAUUCAUGGUCAAGCGUCGCAAGAUUCUCUGCGUGCACGUCAGAUUGACUUAAACCCACAGCCUGACUUUUCUUCCUCCAGGGUAAGUAUGGGUGGCAGUUAUGCUCAAUCCCUGCCACGUCCUCAACAUGCAUAUACCUUGAAUCCACAGUCUAAUUUUCAUUCAUCAACGUUGAAUAUGGUUAGCAGCCAAGCUCAGCCAAUAUCAGAUCCUCAAUAUGUGCAUCACAACGUUCUAGAUCCACGACCAAAUUUUAAUCCCUACUUAAAUGUGGGCUAUGUCAAUCCUAUUAUGCUGUCACAUGCUUCGUCAUCAUCUACUGUUCCAUAUCAUUCUGGUCAAACUGGGGACAGAUACAUUCCUGAAGCUGUCACCUCCGCUUCUUAUCCAUAUCAAGGUGCAGUUUCUGUUACGAAGUCUGGAGCGAUUGAAGGGAUAAUGCAUGGUGAUCAACAGACUGGUGUGGGAAACGAGUGCUGUGGGCCAUCCUUGCGGACGUGGAAAAAUAUUACUCAUCAACAAUAGCAUGCUGUUGAACGCUGCAAAACCUGUGCUCGGGUUGCUUCUCAAUCACAUACCAACUACUGACUGUGACUGAUUCUUGGUCUGGGAGUUCAGGAUGCUUUAUGUACUUAUGCAGGGGUAAAUCGAAGUUGCUUUUCAGCGAGUGAUGGAAACCGAAGUAGUGUGGUUGUCUUUUAUGUUCCCUGUUACUAAGGAAUUUUGCACAACGUAUAGUCUUUAGAGCUAGGGGGUUUAGUGUGUCUUCAAAGUACAGCCCCUAUAGUUACCUAACCUAUUGAAGUUGCUUUUGUUGGUGAAUGGAUCAUUGAAACUUGUUCAAAAAUUAGUU